CGCCUGCGCAGUGCGGCGGACGCUGCUGUCGCUGGAAACUUUGGAGCACACUGUUGUAUUUUUGACGAAGAUACCCGCCCGAUAAUGUGGCAUCCCGCUGGUGACGGGCCUUUUCCCGCAUUUUGCUGAUAAAAUUGGGAGCGUGUGAUGGAGCGGGGGACAUGGCCGCUGCAGUCGCUCAGUACCUCCGUGCUUCCGUGCCGUGGGUCUGGGGUCAGUUUGUACCGAAGCUGAGGGGAGUUUCUGCCGUGGGACGCGGCGUACUGGCCUAACCACCGCCGACGACACAUCCACAGGACGGAGUGCCUGUCAUGAGGCUCCCCCUGUAACCACAGGACGCUAAAAUCCACGUUCAGCGCUGGUUUCAUCGGCCACCGCCAAUAUGUCGGACCAGAACUACUACUGGACCGUGCUGCCGAGCUACAAAACUAGUUUUGUGACUGGGGCCAUGAUGAAAAGAUCUAAAAGUUCCCGUAACAACAAGAGAAGGAGUUUGGCGGUUGGGACUCCAUCCCCCACGCUGUCACGACCGCUCUCACCUCUCCCUCUUGCCACAGCUGGCAGCAGCCCUUCAGAAAGCCCCAGAAAUGUCUCUGCUAGUACCUCAGCCAACUUCCAGUUUGCCCGCAGCCAACUGGUCCGCACAGAAAGUCGAGCGGAUGGUCGAAGGUGGUCCGUGGCGUCUGUUCCCUCCUCUGGAUACUGCACCAACGCACCAAGCUCAUCUGUAUCUUCGUCUUCAUCGCAGGAGCUGCUGCACCAGUUACCCUUUCAGCCCACGCAGGAUGACCUCCAUUUCCUCUUCAAGCAUUUCCGGAGCACAGAAAGCGUGGCGGACGAAGAAGGAGCCCACCACUCGCCUCCCGUCAGGCUUCGGUCACGCAGUCUCAGUCCUGGGCGGACAUGCGGCACCUUUGACAAUGAGAUUGUCAUGAUGAAUCAUGUCUACAAAGAACGCUUUCCAAAGGCGACAGCCCAGAUGGAGGGUCGGCUGCUGGACGUCAUUGCGGAGUGCUCCCCAGACAGCGCCCUGCCUCUGGCCGACGGGGUGCUGGGAUUCAUCCAGCACCAGCUGGUGGAGCUGGCCAGAGACUGUCUGGACAAGUCGCAGAACGGCCUGGUCACCUCCAGGUACUUCGUGGAGCUGCAGGAGAAACUGGAGAACCUGCUGCACGAGGCGUACGAGCGCUCGGAGAGCGAGGAGGUGACCAUCAUCACCAAGCUGGUCAAGAAGAUUCUCAUCAUCAUCUCCAGGCCGGCCAGGCUGCUGGAGUGUCUGGAGUUUGAUCCCGAGGAGUUUUACCAGCGUCUGGAGGCAGCAGAGGGUCAAGCGAAGGUCGGCCACGGCAUUAAGACUGAUAUUCCCAGAUACAUCGUCAGCCAGCUGGGCCUCACCAGAGAUCCUCUGGAAGAAAUGGUCCAUUUGGAGCAGACGAGCCCGAGUCACAGAGCAGCGAGCAGAGAGUCGGACGACGCAGGGGACACGACGCCCGUACAGAGUCGUGCGGCCUGCACUCCUCCUCGGAGGAAACCGCUGGAGAGCGACUUUGAGACUAUAAAGCUCAUUAGCAACGGCGCCUAUGGGGCCGUGUUUCUGGUUCGCCACAAGGAGACCCGUCAACGAUUCGCCAUGAAGAAGAUCAACAGGCAGAACCUGAUGCUGAGGAACCAGAUCCAGCAGGUGUUUGUGGAGCGAGACAUCCUCACCUUCGCCGAAAACCCCUUCGUGGUUUCUAUGUUCUGCUCAUUCGAGACGCGGAGGCACCUCUGCAUGGUGAUGGAAUAUGUGGAAGGUGGGGACUGUGCCAACCUGCUGAAGAACAUCGGCCCUCUGCCUGUGGACAUGGCCCGGAUGUAUUUUGCGGAGACCGUCUUGGCUCUGGAGUAUCUGCAUAACUACGGCAUCGUGCACCGAGACCUCAAACCCGACAAUUUGUUGAUUACAUCCAUGGGACACAUUAAGCUGACAGACUUUGGCUUGUCGAAGAUCGGCCUCAUGAAUAUGACCACCAACUUGUAUGAGGGACACAUCGAGAAGGACACCAGAGAAUUUAUCGACAAACAGGUGUGCGGUACUCCGGAAUACAUUGCUCCCGAGGUGAUCUUGAGGCAGGGUUAUGGAAAGCCGGUGGACUGGUGGGCCAUGGGCAUCAUCCUCUACGAGUUUCUGGUGGGCUGCGUGCCUUUCUUUGGAGACACACCAGAACAGCUCUUUGGUCAGGUGGUGAACGACGAUAUCAUCUGGCCUGACGGCGAGGACGCGCUGCCGGCUGACGCUCAGGACCUGAUCACCAGACUCCUGAGGCAGAGCCCUCUGGACCGCCUGGGAACAGGAGGAACUACUGAGGUGAAGAUGCACACGUUCUUCCUGGGUCUGGACUGGAAUGGCCUCCUGAGACAAAAGGCUGAAUUCAUACCUCAGCUGGAGACUGAGGAGGACACCAGUUACUUUGACACCCGGUCCGAGCGCUACUGCCACCUGGGCUCAGACGACGACGACGAGACCAACGAUGACGAAUCCUCUCUGGAGCUGCGACAGUUCUCCUCGGUAGCCCACCGCUUCAGCAAGGUGUACAGCAGCACGGAGCACCUGUCCACCUCCACGCCGUCCCACCCCAGCCUGUCGUCGUCGGAGCGGAGCCACAGCGAGGAGAAGGAGGAGCGGUGGGAGGGCAGGGGCAUCCUUUCCCCCGGCGACGGGCACAAGCACUCGGCCGGGGGAGACAGGAGGGCAGAUGGGCACAGGGGGAGCCUCCGUCCACGCGCCUCCUCCAGCUCCUCGCAGUCAGAGCGCAGCGCCAGUCCGCUGGUGAUGAACAGCACCCAGAGCCUCGACAUCAUGCCCCGCUUCGCCAUCUCAGCGGAGGAGGAGGACGGGGUGGUUUCCAAUCUGCGGCGCAUCCGUCUGAGAAGCAACAGCACGGGCACUCGGCCGGCCUUCCGCCGGGGGGCGUCUCGGCGCAUCGCUCACCAGCUGGAGACGCCCGAGAAACCCCGAUCUCCAGCAGGGAAAGUCCCCAAAUCAGCCUCCGUCUCCGGACUUUCCCUCAUCAUCACUCCAGACGACUCGGCCGGCCCUCCUACGAGCCCCAAAUCGUCCUUGUCCCUGUCGUCCAACCCGUCGUCCCGGGACUCGUCUCCCAGCCGGGAUCUGUCCAUCAGCAUCAGCUGCCUGCGGCCUCCCGUGGUCAUCCACAGCUCCGGGAAGAGGUUUGGCUUCGCACUGCGAGCGAUCAGGGUCUACAUGGGAGACAGUGACGUCUACACGGUCCAUCACAUGGUCUGGUGUGUGGAGGACGGCAGCCCAGCGCACGAGGCCGGAUUGAGGGCAGGCGAUCUCAUCACUCACGUCAACGGCGAGUCGGUCCAGGGCCUCGUGCACACGGAGGUGGUGGAGCUGCUGCUAAAGAGUGGAAACAGGGUGACCUUGCAGACGACGGCUCUUGAAAACACUUCGAUCAAGGUGGGCCCGGCCAGAAAGACCAGCUACAGGGCGAAGAUGGCUCGACGCAGCAAGAAGAGCAAGAAGAAGGAUGGACAGGACAGCCGGCGCCGUAGCAUCUUGAAGAAGCUGUCGAAGCACACGCCUCCUCCGCCCAUGCAGAGCAGCCGCAGCUUCUCUUCGGGGUUCCACCAGUCGUCCAGCGACAGCCUCUCAGGUUCCCCCACCCAGAGCCUCUCUCCUGGGCCUUCCACGCCCUGCCGCUCCCCUGCUCCUGACCACUCCGGAGAUUCCAGCUCCUCUCCCUGUUCCAGCUCUCCGAACUCCCCCGUCCCGCAGGCCCGUCCCAGCUCGCUCCACGUCCUCGGCCGCUACACUAAAGCUGGUCGGUGUAAGUCCACCAGCAGCAUCCCCCCGUCCCCGCUGGCCUGCAUCCCGCCCCCACAGCCCCUCUCCCCUCAGUGCUCGCCAUCCUGCCUCCCGAGUCACCCCAAGUCCCUGCAGGGUUUCCACGGCAAGACGCUGUCCCCGCCCACCAUCGCCCGCCACUCGGUGCGCCCCCGCAGCGCCGAGCCGCCCCGCUCGCCGCUGCUCAAGAGGGUGCAGUCGGCAGAGAAGCUGACGGGGGACAAGUCGACGGGGGGCUACCACGCCGACAGGAAGGCCUACAGCACCCGGCGCCACACCAUGGAGGUGCCCCUGUCCGAGGGGGAGGGGCUGGAGGACGCCGAGGGGGACACCGCCACCGGGUUCGUCUGCGUCGGGGAGCACGGCCGCCAGGGCCUGUGCGUCGGGGGGCUGCGGGGCCACCAGGACGCGGCGAGCGGCGGCGGCGAUUACCACCGCCCCACCACGUCGCCUCAGCACCGCGGCGGCAACCACCACUCCAAGGAGGUGGUGGUGAUGAGGAAGCUGGCGCUGUCCGAGCGCCGGGACUCCUUCAAGAAGCAGGAGGCCGUGCAGGAGGUGAGCUUCGACGACCUGGAGGAGAGGGAGGCCACGCCCAGCCCCACACCCCCUCCCACUCAGCCGAGGGCCUUCAAGGCGUCCUGGAUCAACUCCACCCAAUCAGAGAGCGGCGUGAAGCCGGAAGAGAGAGCGGCGCCGAGCGCCGCGCAGCCCAAAGCCAAGUCUAAAGGCAGAGACGGAUUUUAGUCAGUCUCUUCGCCAGGGACAGGUCAGCGGAGCGAAGCGUUCGACCUGCUGCUGUUCCUACAACGAAGGCCUUGCAUGUGUCCAGAAAACUGUGACCAAGUCAAAAAUCACCACAAGCAAACUGUCUGAAGACAGACGUCUCUAAUAAGCCAAUAGCUCUCAGUAAUACAUGCACCCUGUGACACUGUUAGCCCAAUAACGACUGAAAAACUAUGUUUACUUCCAAGUCGCUUGUUCUCUCUUUCGGUUCUCGAAUCACUGUGGCACCUGACGUAUUUGUAAAUAUUUUUGUUUUAAAUGAAGAAACUUAUUUAUGACUUUUUAAUGCUCAUCUUGUUGUUUUUUUGCUGACAAUGCCUUGGAUGCUUCAGCUGUUCUUCUUUCAGGAAUUGCACAAGAGAAAAACCAGGCAACAGCUUCUCCGUGUGGAAAAGAAGAGGUGAAAUUACACAACAUUGCACCAUGUUUGUUUCUUUUAUACCACAGUGAGUGUGUGUGUGUGCGCGCGUGUGUGUUCGGAUGGGCUUUCCGCUGUUCAUCCUGGACUGUAUGUGCUAUAGCAUCUCGCUACAUAUUCUGUGCUGCCUCUCAGCAUACAGAUUGUGGUAUUGACAAUUUGGGCUCAUCGUUAGUUGAACACACAGAGCUGCGGUGCCAAAGCAUGGUUUAGCCAUAGCAACCAUAGAAAAAGAGGUACUGUAUCUGUAUAUAGAACACUUGAGUGUAUGCAUGGGCUCCACUCCGGCCACUCCGCUGUCUGUCAGCGCCGACACUCCUCCGGUAAACGAUAAACCCCCGCCGACGUGUAGAUAGAGCUUGGUGACUGCCUUCAGAAACCGGGCUGUCGUGUUUUGUCACCCUUUGUCAAAUCAAGCCUCCGUCCAGCUCCUCGCCAGUGUCGUCCCGCCCCGAGUGUGUUCGCACAAGUCGUCGUUGCCGUCAGGACGAUCGCUUUGUGUGUGGGAUUGAAAAAAAACUGUACAGUGGAUGCAAACUUGGCUCACUCGGCUGUUUUUUUUUUUUAAAAACAUGUAUUAUGAAUGAAUGUUUACAUUUUAGUGGAAUUAUGUGCGCGUACACGUCAUGGUUUUUUGUUAAAUUAUUUGAAAAAAAAAAAGAAGAAAAAACUGAAUGACAGGGAAGACGUGGAUGAAGGCCUGGGUUAAAGGGUGAUCCUGCUUUUGUAUAUUUUGAUAUGGAAACAGUCUUGUUGCAGUACUAAUAACCUACGCUGUUGACAUGUAUUGUGUAAACAAUGGUGGACCUUAUAACAGCUGUCAGUGAUGUUUUCUUGAAAGUGACCUUGUCGGGUUGGAUGGACUCAGUCGAAGUGUCAUGUCGUCUUAUUUCCCCGUUGCUCCCUCACCUUCGCGCCCACAUCGGUCCGUUUGCAUCUUGGAAGCUUUACUAACCUGAUCAGACUGUUGAGUUUCAGUCGCUGAUUUUAAAGAUUUGUGAUGAGAUUUAGACAUAUGGGAUUUAGCCUUAGUUGUAUAUUUUAUUGUAAUUUUGUUGAAAACAUAAAACUUUUUUUUUUUGUUUUUUACCAUUUUAAUUCAGGUUUUGUUUGGAUCAGUGAGUAAGAAUGCUUCCGGUCGUAUUUCACACUUAAAGGAGCUUUAAACAUGUGAGGAGUAGAAGUUCACCACAUACUGCGAUGUUUCACUGUGCAUGUGGGAUCUGUCACUGAGUAUCUGAUGCAAUAUACAUUUUCACGUUUUUUUAGUUUUAUUUUUGCUCUAUCAUCGUAUCCUUUGACUUUACGUUGGACCGACUUUAAACGGCGGUCCGAACCAGCAGCCCAUCAUCUCAGAUCAUCACAAGGGACUCUUCUUCUCUGCUUUUGCACACGACUGUGUGAUGAACUCCACAGGUGCUCGCCCACUGUCGUUUCCACACACACGUGUGUGUGUGUGUGUGUGUGUGUGUUUGUGUAUACAACCCCCUCCCCCCCUCCAUCCCCACACGACAAACUGGCCUUGGUGAGAUGCCUACCAUGUGGGUAUCUGGUGCAGACUGGUGUAACAUUCUGUUUUUCUCUUGUCUUAACAGUGCUUGAAAUAAAUGAAUUGCAGAGGACUCAAAGUCUGAACUACA